UUCGCCACUAGGUGGUAAUAAAGUGUACGAGUGUAUUAAUUGCGUUAAUGUGCGCAUUUACGAUUAGUAAAGUUUUUUUUUAUGUUAUACGAACGAGUAAAAAUGAGUGACAAUAGUGCAGAAAAAGAAGAACGUAAUCAAGGUAAUAGUAUCGAAGUAGAUGCUCCAAAACGAGUUAUUCACUUUUGUGAUGGAUCAGUUGAAGAAUUUAGCGAUGAAGAGGUUGAUUCUUGUGACGCACCCAUUACAGAAAAUACCGAAGUUGAUCCAAAAACCCUCUCCUGGGGUCCGUGGACAUACCAUAUGCUUUCAUCGCUAGGUUCAAAAACUUUGGCUGGUUUGGAUGUAGUUGGCGAGAAAAUCGCUUGGGGUUUAGGUAUCACUUCACCGAAAUAUUAUUAUGAAAUCGAGGAAUAUAAAAAAACACAGGAAGAAAAUAACAAAGAACAAGAGGAGCAAGCAGGAUGGUCUGAGCCUACAAAUACUGCACAAAUUAAUUUGAAUGAUGUUGCCACCAGUCAACCAAAAUCAAAGCACGUCAAUACCGUUGAGUAAUAUAUCUCCAGUCUUAAAGAUACGAAAACACAAAAUGAUAUUGUUACUAAUAAAUACCUAAUAACCUAUUUGUGAAAUAACUCAUCAUCACAGAUUUAGAUCGUCUUAUGUCUCUAGAUAUACAGGAUUUCCCAAAAAAUGUAUAGCUACACUGUUUGAAUUUUUAUUCACCAUAUAAUCAAUAUAUAAAUUACAAAAAUAUCUACAUUAAAAGUACGAUACAAUAUUCAAGAAAUGUAUUUGUACCUUGAUGGUAAUGAUUUCCAUUUACAACUUUUUUAAACGCGAUGAUCACUUGAUUUAUUGAUGUAUUAUUGCUUGUCUCAUAGAUUUUUUGAGUUUCGCAAUAACUUUUCAGAAGUCUUUCUUGCUCGCUGAUGUUUAUAUUGAUCUUUUGGAACUUUGUCUUGAACAUCCUGAUCAUUUCCUUUAGUUUCAAACUUAUCUUUUAACCGUUAAUUAAAUUGUAAGUCGCGUAAUAAAUGGAUUUGCCUGAAAUUUCCUGUGGUAUUUUUAUACUUUUGGUAUAUUUUGAUACCUAAAAUGACUACUAAUUAUAUACCUAUAUUAAAUUUUUUAUUUUUCAAAGAUUAACCAUGAUUCACUCAUUGUUUCCAAUUAAUUUCACUUUUAUCAAAAAAGGGAAUAAUCAGAAGAUGAUGACCCGUUAAACAGGGUAUACUUUUUUUGGGACACCGUGUAUUUACAUUAGUCUUGCGAUGAAAUGAUUUUGUAAAUAUACAAUUUAAGCACAAUAUACAGAUUAAAUUCUGGCCACAUUUGAACUUCUUUGCAUAUAGUGUUUUCUUACUUUCUGAUGUCUUUACUAUUUAUAAUGUAUUUAUUAACAGUAUUAAAAAUAUAUUUUACUGCGUUUCCUAUUCUGUCGAUUAUAUAU